GUCCCCGGAACUUCUCUUCUCUCCUGGGUGUCUAUCAGCGCCUUCAGCCUGCAUCUGGAUCGCAGUAGGACGACUUUAUAGUCCAGUGUCCCGACCCGCAGAAAUCAAGGCCUCCUUGCGUGUGGACACAAGGCGAGAAAAGAAACAAAACAAGACCCCUUUGUCGUCUUUCCCCCGCAUGUGGUUAUUACUGUCGUCGAAAGUGAGGAGCCAGCUUUUGGGAUUUUUGUCUGGAGUCUAAAAAGUUUUUUAUACUCUUCCAAGACAUUUGUUUGGGCUCGUCUUUCUGUUUUUAUGAGACUCUGAAAGUGGACAUUUUCGUUUAACACUCUCUGUUUAAGGGAAUAAGUUAGCGUGUGUGUUUUCCAGCAGUUUUCGGUGAUUUGGAUUUUUGCUCCCUUUCUGUUGAGUGAAUGAAGCGUCUGUUGAGCUGAAGGAAACCAACGCGUCUAGAUCCAUGAGGAAUAUUAGCGUAGCUCAAACUUAGAUAACCGCUGGACACCUUUUGCACUCACCGAUCUGGUUACUUCUUUUAUUUUAUUUAUUAUUUUUUUGUCUCUCUGAAACGGACAAAACAUGAAGACGCUGCUGGUGUUGUGUGUGCUUAGCACGCUGGUCGUGUUUUGCGUUUCGGCCACGGCGGAGCAAAAGUCGAAAAACUGCAACGAUGUUCGAGUUGCUUACAGUUCCAAAGGUUUCAACGUCAACGAUGUUCCCAACAAAGGCGUUAACGGAGCAUCACUGAAAGUGUGUCCACAGGGUUUCUCCUGCUGCACGGUGGAGAUGGAGGAGAAGCUAAGCCAGCAGAGUCACUAUGAUAUCAAAGCCCCUGUCUCCAGGCUUAGCACCAAUCUCGUGUCCACCUUUCGACAGAGGCAUCAACACUUUGACCAGUUCUUCCGAGAACUUUUGAAAAAUGCAGAGGAGUCACUGCACAACAUGUUUGUACGAACGUACGGGAUGAUGUACGUGCAGAAUGCCGAGCUCUUCAAGAACUUCUUCCAGUCCCUGACGCGCUACUACGUGUCCGGCAGCUCGGCCGUAAACCUGGACUCCAUGCUGUCGGACUUUUGGGCCGACCUCCUGGAGAGGAUGUUCCGGCUGGUCAACGUGCAAUAUGAAUUCAGCGACGCCUACAUGGAGUGCGUCAGCCGGCAUACGGAGCAGUUGCAACCUUUUGGGGACGUGCCCCGCAAGCUCCGCAUCCAGUUGACGCGUGCUUUUGUUGCCGCGCGUACAUUUGUGCGUGGCCUAAACCUUAUGCCACAGGUGAUCAACAAAGUCUCGACGGUCAACGCGUCUCCCAGCUGUGUGCAAGCGGCCAUGAAAAUGUUGUACUGUCCCUACUGCUCGGGCCAAGUGGCGCUGAAGCCCUGCCAGAAUUAUUGUCUGAAUGUGAUGCGGGGCUGUUUGGCUAACCAGGCAGACCUGGACACAGAAUGGAACAACUUUCUUGAUGCCAUGCUUGGUUUGGCUGAGAGGCUGGAGGGUCCAUUCAAUUUCGAAUCCGUCAUGGAUCCCAUUGAUGUGAAGCUUUCCGAUGCCAUCAUGAACAUGCAAGAGAACAGCAUGCAAGUUUCACAGAAGGUAUUCCAUGGAUGUGGCCAGCCUAAACUUAGCCGCGCCAAGCGUUCUGCCAAAGAAACCGUUUUCACUGGCCGCUUCCGCCCCUACAGCCCUGACGCAAGACCUACCACUGCUGCUGGAACAAGCUUAGAUAGACUGACGAGUGAUGUAAAGAAAAAGUUGAAACACGUCAAGAAGUUCUGGUCCACACUGCCAGACACUCAUUGUGUUGGUGAGAGCAUUGCACCUGGUGAUGACUGCUGGAAUGGAACAGCCAAAAGCAGGUAUGAGGCAGUAGUCAUUGGCAAUGGGCUGGCCAAUCAGGUGUCCAACCCCGACGUGGACGUGGACAUCACGAAGCCAGACAUUGUGAUUCGAAGCCAGAUUGCGGUUCUGAAGGAAAUGACGAGUUGGCUGAAAGCUGCAUACAACGGCAACGAUAUCUCAAUUGAGAACGACGAGGAAGCCAGCGGAGGAGAGGAGAGCGGCAGCGGCUGCGAUUCUCCAUCCUGUGACACAGAUCGGGACAUCUACUUCUCCACUCCUCCCAAUCCCGUGGAUCCUCGAGUUAAUCUGGUGCAGGGGGACAAAUCAGAUGGUGUAACCCUGCAGGGAAGCAUGGCACUAGCACUCUGCGGGCUGGCCCUGCUUGCCGCCCACUUGAGAUAAAAGUAUUUGGGCUGUGAGACAAAGAGAAUGACUGAGAAGGAUGGAGGGAAGAGGAAAACCGUCAGAAAGACUUUAACAAGACUGCCUUCAGGCCCUCGGACAGUCCACCAUUUGUGGAAGGGGGGGAGGGGGGCUCUUCUUAAUAUUACAAUAAUUUCACUUUUAAUUAUUUUGUUUGCAUCUUUUGAGGACAACAGUGUACAACAAUCUCAUUCUCAUGCCAAGAAAGCCACCUUUCUCACUAGGUAAAAUCUUGACUCCCUGUUGGAGCUACACGAUGGGCGUGCCUGCAGCAUUAGAAAAGCUAUAACGUGUCUUAUUAGGCAGUUGAAUCUAAUACUUGAGUGUGUGCCUUCUUCAAUGAUUGCCAUCUACAAUAUAUACCCAGCACCCGGUACCUAUGAUGGAACAUAGCUUCCUCAUCAGUGCUGUCCUUCCAUCCUACAGAGAUCUGCAACAUAACAUAGAUGGCAGUCGUUAUGUUUGAGCAGUGAUGAUGAGUGUUUAUUUCUGACAGUCAUAUAUCACUCUGUGUGCAAACUGUGAAUCUCUGCGUUUAUGCAUAUGCCUACAAACAGCCAGUACGAAAUUCUGGGAUUAGAGAUUCUUGACUGGUUUCUCUCAACGUAACUGAAGGCUCUGCGUUUGCCUUGGAAAGAUAGAUUGUCUUGUCAGGGCUGCUGCCUUACUUCAUCCUAACAAAAUACAAAGAAAGAUGUUACACCCCUUUUCAGGGGGGUGGAAUUGUUUUUACAACAGCUUUGAGGGGCUCCCUUUGAGUCCAAACCUGCACAGACUAUAUUGGUCGGGUAUGAGCAUAAUCACAGCCUCACUUAAAUGUUUUGCUGUUCAGUAGUAAGGUCAUACCUCAUACAUGUUCUCUAUGUUAGUGCAAUCUAGUGAUUAUGGAGUUGAAAGCGUCUGUCGAAUGGCGUUAUCUGUGGCUGGCGCCCCUGUGAAUUGACAUCGGGCCUGAGAAGGAGCGUGACUGCUGGUGUUACCCCAGAAAACGACAAAGCCGACAAGUCCCAAAUGCCCCCCAAAUGCUUUUGUACUAUAUGUAAACUCAGUUCACGAUGGAAGACCUGAAUUUGUACAGUCUUACACGCUUGAAGGUUUCACACAUUUGUCUAGACAAGAGAACCAAAAGAGAGUGCUUCGAUCAAAAGGAAAGAUUAUUUUAACACAGGGUUUUUUUAUGUGGAAGAGGUGCUGUAUUUUUUAAUAGCUAUUUUUGGUAUGAAGAUUUAUAUUAGGUACUACAGUGGGUUUUGAAUGCUACCUUAAGGUGGUUGAACUGGUUCCUGUGCGUCUUGGUUGCAUAUUUGUACCUCAUGCAUGGCCUUUUCCACUCAAAUUGGACUCCUCAUGAACCCUAAUUUAUCCAUCCUCACCUUCUAUCUCAUCAUUUCAACUAAUGGUUGAUGUAGUUUUGUCACAACCAAAAUGAAUGCAAUCGAUGUUUUUUUGGGUUGUUUUUUUUCCCCAAUCAGUCAUAUAUACAGUAAUUGGCAACUUCCAAUGGUAAAAUGAUUUCAGAUGAAAGUGAAUUGUAUCCAUUCCGCCAUGUGCAGAAAUUCCCUGUGCGCAACACUUUUCCAUGUCAGCUCUAAAAUUGAGAUGACUUAAACAUCACAAAGUCUUUCAAGUUAUUAUUUUUAAGUGUCUUUUCCAUGUACCACGACGGACCUUAAACAACCAGCCAUGGUAAAGAUGGGCAGAAAAUACCGUGCACCAGGUUUUUGCCUCUCUUUGGGCUUUGUAAUUGACAUGUUGAUUGUAAGCUCUCAUUAAAAUGGCUUCAAAAUAAGUGAGCAGUCCAGUAAUAGACUGAAUCAGUGAGGACACCACUGUUAAAAAUCUCACUUUUAACCAACCCCUAUGCAAUCAGUUUAAAAUCUUGAAGCCUUAAUUUAACAUAAUGAAGCCUGAGCUUCAGCAAUUGGAUUGGCAUUACUCUACUUCAAUUUAACCCAUAUUACUAACAUUUCUAUGACUGCUUAUGCAAUCUUGAUGACUUAUAGAUGACUGAAGAACCCCCCACCCCCCCGUCCCCAUAAGACAAACUUUCAGAUUUAGCGUUUUGGGAAAUGAUGGUAAAUGUGCGUGCUUGCGGGCCACAGCAACGUUUUCAGGCAGGAGUUGGUCCUGCUGCAGGAUGCUGUGUUUUUUAACCACAGAGGAACUUUAGUCUUGGGACUAAAUUGAGUUGGACAGGAGUGGGUAAUCCUCUAUCUGUAUUUGGCCUACAAGGAAACUGAAUGGACUCUAUCAUCUCUGAGGAGAGAGUGUGUGUACAACUGAAAAGAAUAAGAGAAGUGUAAAUAAAGAGCAGCCGUUUUAGAUGUCUCUAAAAGAGGCCGUAACAUUACAACAGAUUUUUACAUGUCAGAGUAUCUCCUAAAUGUUAUGGAAAAGCAAGAUGAGAUAGAUGUUGAAUUGUAAGGAAAAAAAUGUAUAUUAAACAACAUUUCUUAGUCUUGUUGAAAUAAAGACUGCCAAUAUUUAA